AUGGAGAAUACCAGGAUGAAAAAGACACUAAAGGAGGAUGAGGACAUGUCCGAGCAGGUGGGCACCUCUCAGUCUGCUCCCAGUGCUCCUUUCGUGGUGUCUCAGUGUUCUCCCUCUGAUGAUGGCUUCCUCACACUCGGAUGCAUCACGAGUGGAUUCUUUCCCACUGAGUCUCUCAGGUUCUCGUGGACUGAUGGCAGUGGCAGAACGGUGAGUGAUGUGGUCCAGUACCCGGCUGUGAAGGCACAGGGCAACAAGUUUACUGCAGUGAGCCACAUGCGUGUCAAGCCCGCGAGAAAGGCCACAAAUUUUAUUUGCGAAGUGAGUCAUCCGGCCGGACGAGGAAGCAAACACACAACAGUGGAAGGGAUCUCUCCACCAACUAUCCGUCUGGAGGAAUUUGGUCAAUCCGUAAUGUGUGUCAUUGAGGACUUCUAUCCAAAGACCCUCAGUAUCAAGUGGAAAGAGGAUGACCGUGAAGUCGGAGGCCGAGACUGGAAAACCACAGAAAAUGACUCAGGUUUUUACGGAGCGGUCAGCGUCUUUGAAGCAAAUCUUACAUCUGCAAGCCCAGGAACCAAAUACACCUGUGAAGUCACACACGGGGGCAGAACGUACACAGAAAAUCUGUCAACUAGAGCUCAGUUCUCUCUGAAAAUCAAUCCACCACCAGCAAAGGAGCUGUUUAUAAACCAGAGAGCAGUACUCGAGUGUGUCUUAACUGGUGAUAGUAGGAAGGAGGUGGAAGGAGCAACAGUGUCAUGGACAGCUGGAGGUCGGAGCCCAGCAACUGGCGAUGUUCGUGUUGGUGGUGUUACACAGGCAGGAUCAGCAUUUACCAAAACUAGCACACUGACCCUUGAAGAGUCCGUCUGGUUUUCAGGUACAGAAGUGAUUUGCUCCACCUCAAGAACUUCUGAGAAAAUCAGUGUUAAAAGAGGAGGACAACGUCCCUCUAUUAUCAUUUACAAGCCGGAUAAGCCUGUCAGUGACUCUGACUCGGUGUCCCUGGUUUGUGAGGUCAGCAGCUCUGAUCUGGCAAAUGUUUAUGUCAUGUGGAAAGUGAACGGUGGUCAGUACAUAGAAGGCAACAGAAUGACCACCAUCAAAAAUGACAACACACUGAUUGUCCUCAGCUACUUAACCGUGACUGGACAGCAGUACAACAGUGCAGAAAUCGUUUGUGCUGCCAAAGACGCCAACGUACAGAAUGACCUCCAGCCGAGAACGAGCUCACCAUCUAAGACAAAAUCUCCACCAAAAAUCCAUCUGGUUGAAUCUGGCCAAUCCAUUAUGUGUAUCAUUGAGGACUUCUACCCAAAGGCCUUGAAAAUAAAGUGGAAAAAGGAUGACCAUGAAGUCAGAGGCCGGGACUGGAAAACCACAGAAAACAACUUGGGUUCUUAUAGAGCUGUCAGUGUCCUUGAAGCAAAUCUAACGUCUUCAAGCCCGGGAACCAAAUACACCUGUGAAGUCACUCAUGGGGGCACAGCAUACUCAGAAAAUCUAUUAUCUAGAGCUCAGUUCUCUCUGAAAAUCAAUCCACCACCAGCAAAGGAGCUGUUUAUAAACCAGAGAGCAGUACUCGAGUGUGUCAUAACUGGUGACAGUAAGAAGCAGGUGGAAGGAGCAACAGUGUCAUGGACAGCUGGAGGUCGAAGCCCAGCAACUCGUGAUGUUCGUGUUGGUGGUGUUACACAGGCAGGAUCAGCAUUUACCAAAACUAGCACACUGACCCUUGAAGAGUCCGUCUGGUUUUCAGGUAGUGAAGUGAUUUGCUCCACCUCAAGAGACAAAACAGCCCCUGAGAAAAUCAGUGUUAAAAGAGGAGGACAACGUCCCUCUAUUGUCAUUUACAAGCCGGAUAAGCCUGUCAGUGACUCUGACUCGGUGUCCCUGGUUUGUGAGGUCAGCAGCUCUGAUCUGGCAAAUGUCUAUGUCAUGUGGAAAGUGAACGGUGGUCAGUACAUAGAAGGCAACAGAAUGACCACCAUCAAAAAUGACAACACACUGAUUGUCCUCAGCUACUUAACCGUGACUGGACAGCAGUACAACAGUGCAGAAAUCGUUUGUGCUGUCAAAGACGCCAACAUGCAGAAUGACGUCCAGCCGAGAACGAGCUCACCAUCUAAGACAAACUCUCCACCAACUAUCCGCCUGGUGGAAUUUGGCCAGUCCAUUAUGUGUAUCAUUGAGGACUUUUACCCAAAGUCCUUGAGGAUAAAAUGGAAAAAGGAUGACCGUGAAGUCCGAGGACGGGACUGGAAAACUACAGAAAAUGACUCGGGUUCUUACCGAGCGGUCAGUGUCCUCGAAGCAAAUCUGGCAUCUUCAAGCCCGGGAACCAAAUACACCUGUGAAGUCACACACGGGGGCAAAAAAUACUCAGAUAAUCUGUCAUCUAGAGUUCAGUCAUCUCUGAAAAUCAAUCCACCACCAGCAAAGGAGCUGUUUAUAAACCAGAGAGCAGUACUCGAGUGUGUCUUAACUGGUGAUAGUAGGAAGGAGGUGGAAGGAGCUACAGUGUCAUGGACAGCUGGAGGUCGGAGCCCAGCAACUGGCGAUGUUCGUGUUGGUGGUGUUACACAGGCAGGAUCAGCAUUUACCAAAACUAGCACACUGACCCUUGAAGAGUCCGUCUGGUUUUCAGGCGCAGAAGUGAUUUGCUCCACCUCAAGAACUUCUGAGAGAAUCAGUGUUAAAAGAGGAGGACAACGUCCCUCUAUUGUCAUUUACAAGCCGGAUAAGACUGUCAGUGACUCUGACUCGGUGUCCCUGGUUUGUGAGGUCAGCAGCUCUGAUUUGGCAAAUGUCUAUGUCAUGUGGAAAGUGAACGGUGGUCAGUACAUAGAAGGCAACAGUAUGACCACCAUCAAAAAUGACAACACACUGAUUGUCCUCAGCUACUUAACCGUGACUGGACAGCAGUACAACAGUGCAGAAAUCACCUGUGCAGUCAAAGACGCCAACAUACAGAAUGACCUCCAGCCGAGAACGAGCUCACCAUCUAAGACAAACUCUCCACCAACUAUCCGCCUGGUGGAAUUUGGCCAGUCCAUUAUGUGUAUCAUUGAGGACUUUUACCCAAAGUCCUUGAGGAUAAAAUGGAAAAAGGAUGACCGUGAAGUCCGAGGACGGGACUGGAAAACUACAGAAAAUGACUCGGGUUCUUACCGAGCGGUCAGUGUCCUCGAAGCAAAUCUGGCAUCUUCAAGCCCGGGAACCAAAUACACCUGUGAAGUCACACACGGGGGCAAAAAAUACUCAGAUAAUCUGUCAUCUAGAGUUCAGUCAUCUCUGAAAAUCAAUCCACCACCAGCAAAGGAGCUGUUUAUAAACCAGAGAGCAGUACUCGAGUGUGUCUUAACUGGUGUUAGUAGGAAGGAGGUGGAAGGAGCUACAGUGUCAUGGACAGCUGGAGGUCGGAGCCCAGCAACUGGCGAUGUUCGUGUUGGUGGUGUUACACAGGCAGGAUCAGCAUUUACCAAAACUAGCACACUGACCCUUGAAGAGUCCGUCUGGUUUUCAGGUACAGAAGUGAUUUGCUCCACCUCAAGAACUUCUGAGAGAAUCAGUGUUAAAAGAGGAGGACAACGUCCCUCUAUUGUCAUUUACAAGCCGGAUAAGACUGUCAGUGACUCUGACUCGGUGUCCCUGGUUUGUGAGGUCAGCAGCUCUGAUUUGGCAAAUGUCUACAUCAUGUGGAAAGUGAACGGUGGUCAGUACAUAGAAGGCAACAGUAUGACCACCAUCAAAAAUGACAACACACUGAUUGUCCUCAGCUACUUAACCGUGACUGGACAGCAGUACAACAGUGCAGAAAUCACCUGUGCAGUCAAAGACGCCAACAUACAGAAUGACCUCCAGCCAAGAACGAGCUCACCAUCUAAGACAAACUCUCCACCAACUAUCCGCCUGGUGGAAUUUGGCCAGUCCAUUAUGUGUAUCAUUGAGGACUUUUACCCAAAGUCCUUGAGGAUAAAAUGGAAAAAGGAUGACCGUGAAGUCCGAGGACGGGACUGGAAAACCACAGAAAAUGACUCGGGUUCUUACCGAGCGGUCAGUGUCCUCGAAGCAAAUCUGGCAUCUUCAAGCCCGGGAACCAAGUACACCUGUGAAGUCACACACAGGGGCAAAAAAUACUCAGAUAAUCUGUCAUCUAGAGUUCAGUCAUCUCUGAAAAUCAAUCCACCACCAGCAAAGGAGCUGUUUAUAAACCAGAGAGCAGUACUCGAGUGUGUCUUAACUGGUGUUAGUAGGAAGGAGGUGGAAGGAGCUACAGUGUCAUGGACAGCUGGAGGUCGGAGCCCAGCAACUGGCGAUGUUCGUGUUGGUGGUGUUACACAGGCAGGAUCAGCAUUUACCAAAACUAGCACACUGACCCUUGAAGAGUCCGUCUGGUUUUCAGGUACAGAAGUGAUUUGCUCCACCUCAAGAACUUCUGAGAGAAUCAGUGUUAAAAGAGGAGGACAACGUCCCUCUAUUGUCAUUUACAAGCCGGAUAAGACUGUCAGUGACUCUGACUCGGUGUCCCUGGUUUGUGAGGUCAGCAGCUCUGAUUUGGCAAAUGUCUACAUCAUGUGGAAAGUGAACGGUGGUCAGUACAUAGAAGGCAACAGUAUGACCACCAUCAAAAAUGACAACACACUGAUUGUCCUCAGCUACUUAACCGUGACUGGACAGCAGUACAACAGUGCAGAAAUCACCUGUGCAGUCAAAGACGCCAACAUACAGAAUGACCUCCAGCCAAGAACGAGCUCACCAUCUAAGACAAACUCUCCACCAACUAUCCGCCUGGUGGAAUUUGGCCAGUCCAUUAUGUGUAUCAUUGAGGACUUUUACCCAAAGUCCUUGAGGAUAAAAUGGAAAAAGGAUGACCGUGAAGUCCGAGGACGGGACUGGAAAACUACAGAAAAUGACUCGGGUUCUUACCGAGCGGUCAGUGUCCUCGAAGCAAAUCUGGCAUCUUCGAGCCCAGGAACCAAAUACACCUGUGAAGUCACACAUGGGGGCAAAAAAUACUCAGAUAAUCUGUCAUCUAGAGUUCAGUCAUCUCUGAAAAUCAAUCCACCACCAGCAAAGGAGCUGUUUAUAAACCAGAGAGCAGUACUCGAGUGUGUCUUAACUGGUGUUAGUAGGAAGGAGGUGGAAGGAGCUACAGUGUCAUGGACAGCUGGAGGUCGGAGCCCAGCAACUGGCGAUGUUCGUGUUGGUGGUGUUACACAGGCAGGAUCAGCAUUUACCAAAACUAGCACACUGACCCUUGAAGAGUCCGUCUGGUUUUCAGGUACAGAAGUGAUUUGCUCCACCUCAAGAACUUCUGAGAGAAUCAGUGUUAAAAGAGGAGGACAACGUCCCUCUAUUGUCAUUUACAAGCCGGAUAAGACUGUCAGUGACUCUGACUCGGUGUCCCUGGUUUGUGAGGUCAGCAGCUCUGAUUUGGCAAAUGUCUACAUCAUGUGGAAAGUGAACGGUGGUCAGUACAUAGAAGGCAACAGUAUGACCACCAUCAAAAAUGACAACACACUGAUUGUCCUCAGCUAUUUAACCGUGACUGGACAGCAGUACAACAGUGCAGAAAUCACCUGUGCAGUCAAAGACGCCAACAUACAGAAUGACCUCCAGCCAAGAACGAGCUCACCAUCUAAGACAAACUCUCCACCAACUAUCCGCCUGGUGGAAUUUGGCCAGUCCAUUAUGUGUAUCAUUGAGGACUUUUACCCAAAGUCCUUGAGGAUAAAAUGGAAAAAGGAUGACCGUGAAGUCCGAGGACGGGACUGGAAAACCACAGAAAAUGACUCGGGUUCUUACCGAGCGGUCAGUGUCCUCGAAGCAAAUCUGGCAUCUUCGAGCCCAGGAACCAAGUACACCUGUGAAGUCACACACGGGGGCAGAACAUACUCAGAUAAUCUGUCAUCUAGAGUUCAGUCAUCUCUGAAAAUCAAUCCACCACCAGCAAAGGAGCUGUUUAUAAACCAGAGAGCAGUACUCGAGUGUGUCUUAACUGGUGAUAGUAGGAAGGAGGUGGAAGGAGCUACAGUGUCAUGGACAGUUGGAGGUCGGAGCCCAGCAACUGGCGAUGUUCGUGUUGGUGGUGUUACACAGGCAGGAUCAGCAUUUACCAAAACUAGCACACUGACCCUUGAAGAGUCCGUCUGGUUUUCAGGCGCAGAAGUGAUUUGCUACACUUCAGUGGACCAAAGAACAACCUCUGACAAAAUCAGUGUUAAAAGAGGAGGACAACGUCCCUCUAUUGUCAUUUACAAGCCGGAUAAGACUGUCAGUGACUCUGACUCGGUGUCCCUGGUUUGUGAGGUCAGCAGCUCUGAUUUGGCAAAUGUCUAUGUCAUGUGGAAAGUGAACGGUGGUCAGUACAUAGAAGGCAACAGUAUGACCACCAUCAACAAAAAUGACAACACACUGAUUGUCCUCAGCUACUUAACCGUGACUGGACAGCAGUACAACAGUGCAGAAAUCACCUGUGCAGUCAAAGACGCCAACAUACAGAAUGACGUCCAGCCGAGAACGAGCUCACCAUCUAAGACAAACUCUCCACCAAAAAUCCGUCUGAUGGAAUUUGGCCAAUCCAUAAUGUGUAUCCUUGAGGACUUCUAUCCAAAGCCCCUCAGUAUCAGGUGGAAAAAGAAUGACCGUGAAGUCAGAGGCCGAGACUGGAAAACCACAGAAAAUGACUCGGGUUCUUACAGAAAAGUCAGUGUCUUUGAUGAUAAUAUGACGUCUUUGAGCCCAGGAACUAAAUACACCUGUGAAGUCACACACGGGGGCAGAAUAUACUCAGAUAAUCUGUCACCUAGAGAUCAGUUCUCUCUGAAAAUCAAUCCACCUCAAGCAAAAGAACUUUUUCUACUCAAAAAAGCAGUAAUCGAGUGUGUCAUAAAUGGUGAUAAUAAGAAGCAGGUGAAAGAAGCAAAAGUGUCAUGGACAGUUUCAGGCCUGAGAAAGGAGUCUCUUAAUAUUCGUGAUGGUGGUGUUAAACAGGCAGGAUCAUCAUUUACCAAAACUAGCACACUGACCCUUGAAGAGUCCGUCUGGUUUUCAGGUACAGAGGUGAAGUGUUCAGCCUCAAGAGACCAAAUAACAACUUCUGACAAAAUCAGUGUUAAAAGAGGAGGACAACGUCCCUCUAUUGUCAUUUACAAGCCGGAUAAGCCUGUCAGUGACUCUGACUCGGUGUCCCUGGUUUGUGAGGUCAGCAGCUCUGAUCUCGCGAAUGCGUACAUCAUGUGGCAAGUGAACAACGGUCAAUACACAGAGGGCAACAGCACCGCCACCAUCAUAAAAAAAGACAACAAACUCAUUGUCCUCAGCUACUUAACCGUGACUGGAAAGCAGUACAACAGUGAAAAAUUCGCUUGUGCGGUCAAAGACGCCAACAUGAAGAGUAACAACACACCAGCAAUUCACACAACAUCACUGAGUGACCUUCCAUGGCCAGAUCCUGGAUGGUAUAUACAAUGCAAUGUGGACCCUUUGGAGGAGGACGAGUUCAACAGCUUGUGGUCCACCGCCUCAUCCUUCAUCUUCCUCUUCCUCUUCUCUCUCCUCUACAGCACUGCCCAAUGCCUCUAUAAGACAAAAUGACGAUGAAUGGAGC